UUGGGUGAGGCAAAUUUUUUAUUUUUAUAAAGCUAAAUUGGCCUUGAAACUCUAGGAGACAGUGGUUGACCCCAUUUCAGUUCUCUAUUAAAUACAGCUAUGAAUUACAAAUAAAUGGUGUUUGAGUCAGAUACAUCCAUUGGAUUAUAAAGAAAUUGGCAUCAAUAAUGGUGGAGAUAAAAAAGAGGUGGGAAGGAGGCAAGGCAUGGACAUUGCUGAAUUAUUUGCUUCAACAGAGCCAUUACUUAAUUAUAAUUAGAUGAGCUUGAGAUUCCUCAUGUCUCCCUCGGCCAAGUUAUAUAAAUAAGCCCUUGAAGGCCAAAAGAUGAAGUCAAGUUGAAACUCCUCUGGCUGUUUUGCAAUUCAUUAGCUAAGGCUUUUGUAAAAAAGAAAAUGGAUUCCUUUGCCAUAAACUCAAAGAAAUCAUUCCACAUCCGCUCGAACAGCUUGCCAUCAAAGCCACAUCCCGUUGUUGCCGAAGUCGAUGAACAUCUCUGCAGAUUGCAGGCCUCUGAAGCCACCUCUUCAUCUUCUUCUUUGUGCCAAAAGCUUGAUGGCCUUCAGGAUUUGCAUGGUUGCAUCGAUAAGUUGCUUCUUUUGCCACUCACCCAUCAAGCUCUUGUUGACAAAAAAUUUGUUGAUGACUUGCUUGAAGGAUCUCUCAAGCUCUUGGACUUGUGUGCUUUGGCUAAGGAUGCAUUAUCGCAGACGAAAGAGUCAGCACACGAACUUGAGUCGGUUUUGCGGAGAAGAAGAGGAGAUGACAUCGUAGGUGAUGUUCAGAAGUAUUUGAACUCACGGAAGAUGGUGAAGAAGGCAAUCCACAAGGCCUUGAAGGGAAUGGAAAGAGCAAAUUUCCAAAAAAGUGAUGAAAGUUCAGAAAUUGUCAGCUUGUUAAAAGAGGCAGAAGCAGUUACAUUUAGCAGCAUUGAAUCAUUGUUGUCAUUUAUAGCAGGACCAAAGUUGCCAUCAAAGAUGAGCAGAUGGUCUUUGGUUUCCAAGUUGAUGCAACCCAAGAGAGUAGCUAGCAAAGAUGAAGACACAAAUGGAAAUGAAGCAGAGAUGGUGGAUGUUGCAUUAUACUCAAUCACCAGCCACAAAUCUGAUUUUCUUGUGCAAGUUGAAAAUGUCCAGAACUCGCUGAGGAAGUUGGAGUUGAGUAUUCCCGACCUUGAAGAUGAUCUCGAGAGUCUAUAUCGACGCCUUAUCAAGAAUAGAGUCUCGUUUCUUAACAUACUAAAUCACUGAGGAUGAAAACUUAGAUGAUAGAAUCAUAGCCAAUUCCAUCAUAAUCCAUUUUUGUCAAAUGUAAACACCACAGGACAUAUAUAAUAUAUACAGAUACCUUUCAUAACUUUCUUUUUGCAAUUCCAAUCAAGAUUUUGAAUUCAAUAUCAUAUUCUUCUCUAGCUAACUUUUUGUAAUACUAAUAUAGUUGAUCUAGUCGGGACACGGAUAUAGUCACAUAUCAGAUAAAAGUGGUAAAGAUCUAUUAGUGUAUUGGUAUGAAGCUUUUUUUGGGUACACAUAAAACCCUAAAGUAAAAUUAUGCAGAUUUAGGCCAAAAUUAGACAACAUUAUAAGAGAUAUAGGGAGCUCAUUAUCGAUCUAAGGUCUCUUUAGAUGGAGGGGAAAGACUACCCAUUAUCCAACUCACCAUUUUGGUUUCAAAUCUGUAACUUUUCAUUAUUUCAACCAUCAAGGGUAGCAAACUGUUGGAGAACAAGAAAAGGAAACGGAUUGUAUUUUUCUCGUCCAAAGUUAUUUUUCCCUUACGGCUUAAACUCUGGUAAGUUAACUGGAGGUCAAUUAGUUAACCAUGGUUACCUGAUGAAGCUAAGUAUUCAAAUUGGCAUUGCUGUCAAAGAUUCCACUUGUCUCAACAAUGGCGAUAAGCACAAGAAUCACAUGGAAGCGUGUGACUAACUUUCAUGCAACGUUAUUCGGGCUGUCUUUCAUCCAAGGGAUAGAUUGAUUCAAUUAUACGUAUAAUUGAAUAUUCAUUCCUACAGGCUGAAGAAAUCAAAGGAUUCAAUUAUAUGUAUAAUAACAAAGCUAAUCAGGCCGUAUCUCAUCAUGAAGGAUUCAAAUAAUAAACAAUGAGCUGAGUUGGAUGGUAGAAGAGUCGGC